CGACACCUCUACCCAAUUCUUCCAAUGGCCGAACCAUGUUCACAAAUUAAUCACGAGAAGAACAUUGCGUACACUCCACCUUUUCCACGCCUUCACAUUAAAAGACAAAUUAUGACAGAGAAAAUAAACACAAGACGACAAUUGUGUUGCUUUGUUCGUUCCUCAUGCUGCCUAAAAUUUUCUUAAUUGGCUUUUAAAGAAAGCUAAUAGGGCUUUCUUUACCAAAAUCCAAUUAUAAAUUACUUUGUUUCUCCUGGAAGCUGGGAACUUCACUAAUGACAUCUGGGCUUUCUGCUUAGAGAGAUUUGCUGUGGGGAUGGAAAUUAUUUCUUGCCAUACUACAAGCUGCUGUUAUACUGUAAAUUUUAGGGGCACAAAGUUCACAGAUCCACAUCACUCAAAUAGGGGAAAAGGGUUUUCUUCUUCUCUCAUAAAAACCAGUAAUUUUGACCAUCCGUACAGUUUAAGGUUAAAUCGAUUCACCCACCACAGAGUUCCAAAUAUCGUUUCCUCUCUUAACGAAGCUUACAACUCGAACGUUCUUGAUGGUCAAGUGGGCACAACCAGUGUGACCGAUCGUAAUAAUCGUUCGAUACCUAAAGUCUCGAUUCCUAGCUUGCCCGAUAAAAACGGCGGCGAUAGCGCAGCUCCCAUAAGCAGCUGCUAUUGGGAGUGGAGGCCGAAACUGAACGUGCAUUACGAAAAAUCGGGGUCUGGAAAUGUCGACUCGCCCGCGGUUCUUUUUCUUCCGGGAUUCGGUGUGGGCUCGUUUCAUUACGAGAAACAGUUGAAAGAUCUUGGCCGUGAUUAUAGGACGUGGGCAAUGGAUUUCCUUGGUCAAGGUAUGUCUUUGCCGAACGAAGACCCGACUUUUCGGUCCGAUGAAUACGUGUUAGAUGGGGAGAAUGAUCAUUGGGGAUUUGGAGAUGAAAGCGAGACGUGGGCGAAGGAGCUAGUUUAUUCGGCUGACUUGUGGAAGGACCAAGUGCACUAUUUCGUAGAAGAGGUGAUUAAAGAACCCGUUUAUCUCGUCGGAAAUUCACUCGGAGGAUUUGUGGCGCUCUAUUUUGCGGCAUGCUAUCCUCAAUUAGUGAAAGGUGUAACUUUGCUUAAUGCAACUCCGUUUUGGGGACUUCUCCCUAAUCCCGAAAGAUCUCCGAUACUAUCGAGACUAUUUCCGUGGUCCGGAUCGUUUCCUCUUCCUUCUGGUAUUAGAAAGCUAAUGGAAAUUUUGUGGCUGAAAAUUAGUGAUCCAAGAAGUAUUGCAGAAAUACUCAAGCAAGUGUACGCAGAUCAUUCAACGGAUGUGGAUGAAGUGUUUUCUCGUAUUGUCGAAACAACACAACAUCCGGCAGCGGCUGCAUCGUUGGCUUCAAUAAUGUUUGCUCCUAAAGCACAAUUAUCGUUUGAUGAAGCUUUAUCUAGGUGUCAAAUGAACAAUAUACCGAUUUGUCUGAUGUAUGGUAAGGAAGAUCCUUGGGUGAUGCCCAUAUUCGGUUUGCAGGUGAAGAACCAAAUGCCGGAUGUGCCGUAUUACGAAAUUAGCCCUGCCGGUCACUGCCCUCAUGAUGAAGUUCCCGAGGUAGUGAACUUUAUUCUUCGUGGAUGGCUAAAAAACGUGGAAUCGGAAGGUCGUUUUGUGCUGCCUUUGCUUGACGACAACCCUGAAUACACCUAUUACAACGUCACAAAGGACUUGGAAUUUUUCAGACAAGAAGGUUCUAGAAAAUCGGUUCGUGUGAAGUUCCACGGAUCCAAUUUCUCUGUCUGGAAUUGGUUUCUCUCUCAGUUCAAACCUCUUCUCACAGAAAUGUCUCGAUGGAAUACUUAGUACUUAGCUGCCGUAUAGAAGAUUUAAGUGUAUGUUCAUAUUGUAUUCAUCUGCUAUACGGUAAUUAGAUUGUGUACGAAAGAAAGAACGAUCGAACAAAUUUUGUUGUAAAUAUGUCAUGUGAAACUUUGAAUUUACAUUCAUGUAUUC